AGAAAAAUAGGAAAAAUGAAUAAGAACGGAUCUCGGUCCCAAAAUUUGCGAAUUCUCAGUCCCAAAGGAGGGAAUCCCAAGAAGGCCAAAGAGGAAUCUCAGGCUGCUCUAGAACAUAUCAGUAGUCCAAGUUCAAGGAUAUAAUCUUUGAUAAGGAAGUCCAUAAGAUGUUGCACAUUCCUGGCAUUAAGCAACCAGAUUUCGCUUGGAAAAAUGACCUUGAACCACUCACAAAUACUUGGAAGGAGAAUGAUAUCAAGGCUAGCACAAAGAUGAUGAAGAGUUUCAUAAAAAAUAAGAUCAGACCAAGCAAGUGGCAUAAGCCACAUAUAAGGAAAAAAUUGCUCAAGAUGGACUAUAUAAAACCAAACCUCAAAAGGAAUGAAAGCCAGAAGUUCAUCACUAGUAGGGCUAUUGAUGAGUUCGAUGCGUUUAACGCCCAGAGCAAAGGAGUCAGGUUUGCUUCCUUAGGUGGUUCUGGUAAAACACCAAGAACGACCAGAGCGUCUAGGCCCACAAAUUAUUUCAACUAUAUACCUCAGAGUAAAGAGGACAUUGAUCUCGCAAGAUUGAGGAAACAGGAGAUAGAGUACUUGAAGAAUCUCGCAGAGUCAGGCAAGAAGAUACCCAAGGAUAAAAUCAAUAUUUUCAAGCUUCUUAUUUUAAAAGAAGAUCCGCUCAAGAUAGGUGAAGCUAUGAUUAAGAAACAGAAUUUUAGAGGGCCUAACACUGCUAAUUUCAGCACCAACAAGAGAAAGAAUCUUGUGAAGCUUAAGAAGCCUAUCAAUGAUCCAUUAACCUCAAAACAUGAAGACGCUAUUGAGAAGGCAAGGCUGAGAAUGGAGAGGAAGAUGGAGAUAAAACUGGUAUCCCAAGCUGCUCAGAACUUCAACAUUCAUCUGCAUUUCAGGAACCUCAAACGUGAGAAUCAAGAAUACUUGGAUAAGCUGAAUAUGCAGAUUAGUAAUAAGCUGGAUUUAUAUAUAAACCCUACGAAGCGUGUGAUGUUCAAAGUCAAACGGAACCAGAAAAAUGAGUUCGACACCACGUCCUCGGACAUGUCUUCUUCUAUGUCCAAUUCAGGGGAAGAAGGGAAGGUCAAGGAGAAAAAGGCUGCCAUUCCAGUCUUCAUUAAGAACAAGUUGAUUAAGUUAGAUACCAAGCAUAAUAAGUACGGAAAAAUCUCAGGAGAAAAAGGUAAUAAAAUGAGUAAAGAACAACUGAUGAAGCUCACCAAGGCUCUCUCUCAAAGCUCCCUCGUUAGGAAAAAGAGGAGUAGUGUUGAACCUAAGUUCAGGCAAGCAAAGCAACAAGCAGAGAUCCAAGAAACCGAAGAGGAGGAUACAAACAAAGAGGAUAAUAGUGGAGAAUUUAAGACUACUAAGCAGAUCAUCAACGACUACGUGAGGGAGUUUAACAAUACAAUACCAAGUGUCCUUAACCUUUAGUAUUGGAAAUUUACAGUAAGAAUCUUAUAGUAUCUUGUAUUACCUCACCUAGGAGGAAACAAAUAUUA